UGUAGCAAAUCUGAUUGCUCAACGCAUGCAUCAUGUCUCGAUUGUGCAUUUUUUCCCUGUAAUUACGGCGAAGCUAUUAAUGUAACGUGUUCAACAAAAAAUGUUUGCUCUCGAAAAUACUCUAUAAAAAAGGAGGCAAUUUGUCGAUAUUGUUGGCAGUUGCAUUCGAGCGAUUAUGAUUGUACACCGGUGAAGAAUUGCACAACGUCAUCAGUGUUUCUUGUUCGUACGGUUUGUCAUACUCAUCAAAAUGUCAUUUGUAUGGGACGAAGAGUCUUUUUCAAAAACGUCAGAUGUAAUUGGUCAUCAGGAUAUAGCUGGUGGAAAGCAAUGGUCUUAUCGAUUACACUUGGUGGCUUUGGAGCUGAUCGUUUCUAUUUAGGAAUGUGGAAAAGCGCUAUAGGUAAAUUAUUCAGUUUUGGUGGUCUAGGAAUCUGGACUUUAGUUGAUGUUAUUUUAAUUGGCGUUGGAUACAUUGGUCCAGCAGAUGGAUCUCUUUAUAUUUGA